AAUGGCUGGAAUAGAAUAGGAAGGAAUAAUAAUUGAUGAAAAUAUAUAAGGUAUAAAAACAUUAAAUAAUGUAGAUUCAAGGAUGAAUUUUGCUGAUGAAAUUAUUAUUGAUGAUCAACAUAUUCUCACUAUAUCAGCAGAAAAAAUGUUUGAAGAGCCCUAAAAACGUACAAGAAAAUCUAGAUGGGGAGGGAGACCAGAUAGAAAGUGUGCUAGACCUGAGUAAAAACACUUGCAAUUCAAUCCUUUAGAGGCCAUGAUGAAUAGAAAAUGCAUCUUACCUGUAGGAGCACAAAGCUUAGCCCCUCCAGUACCUAUUGGUAUGGCUUUACCUUGGGGUAUGUAACCGAUGCCUGUAAUGGCUUAGAAUUAUGGCUAUAAUUUUGUGCGAACAGAUACUUCUGUAUUGGGAUUUGUUUAAUAAUUAGCAUACUCGAUGGGGUCCUGAAUAUGAAAAAACCUUUCAACCUCCUUCUUUAAAUUGUAUACCUCCAGAUCUGAGUAUUGAUGACUUAGAAUACAUAAUUAGAUUGUAUUGUCUUGAUGAUAUCAAUUAAAAAUUACAAUAACCUAUUGACAGUAAAAUGGAUGAUCCUGAUUUAAGGUCUCCUUCUCCUGAGCCAGUUUAUGAUUAACAUGGAAAGAGAGUUAACACAAGGGAAGUUAGAAGAAAAGAAAAUUUUUAAAGAAUUAAAUGUUCUUUGACUGAAGAAUGCAUUAAAAUUAAUAAAAAUUUUGUUCCUCCUCAUGAUUUUAAACCUUUAAAGAAAUCAUAAAAAAUAUAUUUAACUGAUACUCUAAAUGCACCUGAUACAAAUUAUAUUGGUCUUAUUUUAGGACCAGGAGGAAAUACUUAAAAGUUUUUAGAGGGGAAAACUGGUUGCAAAAUAUCAGUUAGAGGGAAAGGUAGUUCAAAUACAAAGAAAGUAGAUUGGGAUAUGGAUGAUAAGUUACAUGUUUUAAUUUAAGCAGAUAAUGAUGAAUAACUUUAAUAAGGUGUUAUAGAAAUUGAAAAAAUAUUAUCAGGAAAUUAAGAAGAUGAAUAAGCAAGAAAUGCUAGAUUAUAAGGAUAAGUUAUAGCAACAGUAUUAAGAGAUGAUUUUUGUGAAUAUUGUCAUGAAAAAGGUCAUAGAACUUAUGCUUGUCCUACAAAAAUUCCAUUUGAAAAAGCAAGAGUGAAAUGUGAAAUUUGUCAUGAAUUUUCUCAUCCAACUUCUGAUUGUCCAUAAAAAUUUGAACAUAAAGAAAGUUUUAUUUAAUAAUAAUAUGAUAAAUAUAGAAAAGAUUUAGGUUUAGAAAAGAAUACUGAAAUAUUAUUAUAAGAUAAUUAAAAUGAAAAAAGAACAACAGAAUAAAGAGUAAAUUUUAUUAUUUUAUAAAUUAGGUUGCUUUUAUUACUAAUGCUUAAAUUGUAAAACCAAUCUAAAAUUUAUAAAUAGAAGAUGAUAAAUUUAUUAUGGAAAGAUUAAGAAGAGAAUAAUAAGAAAAAGAUAAUUAUGAAAGAGCAUAGAAAAAAGCAUUAGAAUAAUAUACAUUAUAAUCCCAGGAAAACUAAAAUAAAUGAU